AUGCCGGAUGUCUGGGCCCAGAGACCAAAGGCAUAUGGAGUAUAUGGAGCCAUGGAUACUAGCAAGCUUUGCGAUGGCUGGUCAGGCCAUGGCGUAGAACGGUGGAAUGUUCGGGGUGUCGAUGAUGUGGCUCGGGAGCCACAAGGGAACCAACCAACCUCUCGCGGUGGUUCCUGCAUGACCAGUGGCUCACCCACAUCCACUCACAUUGUAUCUUUGCAAUUACUGGCUUGCAAUGGAGGAUAUCCUCAAGAUGACCGAGUCUGGGUAGACACCUCUGCUUUCGCAUCUCAUCUAUCGCCGAUCGACCGAACUCUGGCUGUUAGCCCGGUUAAUGAGAUUCUGACAGAAAGUUAUCGGGGCAUGGAAUUGAUGGAGGAGGUUGUAAGGUGGUUCGGGGAGGGUGGGCACGGUGGGAAUGUAACUAGGGAAGACUUGAGGUAUGGGAGGUGGAUGUACCACCACCACUGGAGGGAAAAGAGAUUAACUUUCCCACAAGACGGUAAAGUAAGCAGAGCAGAAGCUGCCUUGGAGAACGGCGAUGAGGCGGUGUCGCCCUGGCAGGUCCGCAUCCCCAUCCGUCUUUUCGCUCUUCUUCUGCCUUCCCCCCCCCCCUAA